CCUAUAUAUUAAGUUAAGCUGCUCUUACAGAAACCAACUUGAGCAUUAAUUAUCAUCAUUGACUUCAGAUUAAGAGCACAAACAUAGAACAUUGUAUUUUCUGCUACUUUCUCUUCAUGGACACAAUAGCAAAUAAUAGUUCCACUUCCACAUAUGACAGAAUAGCUGAAGUUUCAGCCUUUGAAGAAUCAAAAGCUGGUGUGAAAGGUCUCAUAGAAUCUGGUGUGACAAAGAUUCCACACAUGUUCCAUUCUUCCAAAUUGAACUUGAACUCUACUCAUGAAACUGAUUCAUCUUCCAAGUUUAGUGUCCCCAUCAUAGACUUUCAAGAUAUAAACAGUACUGAUCCAUGUAUACAUGUUGAGGUACUCAACAAGAUUCGAAAUGCAUGCAAGGAAUGGGGAUUUUUCCAAGUGAUUAAUCACGGUAUUCCGGUUAGUGUCUUGGAUGAGAUGAUUAGUGGAAUCCGUAAGUUUCAUGAACAAGAAGCUGAUGAAAGGAAACCGUUCUAUACAAGGGAUGUAAGUAAGAAAGUUAGAUAUUUCUCUAACGGUACCCUUUUUAGGGCCCCUGCUGCUAACUGGAGGGACACUAUUGCUUUUUUUGUAAGUCCUGAUCCUCCCAAACCAGAAGAAAUGCCACAUGUUUGUAGAGACAUUGUCAUUGAAUAUUCAAAGAAUGUGAGGGCUUUAGGCUUUACAAUCUUUGAACUAUUCUCAGAAGCAUUAGGACUUGAUCAUUCUUACCUUAAAGAAUUAAUCUCACCAUAUGGACAAUUUCUUUUGGGUCACUACUAUCCUGCAUGCCCUGAACCUGAAUUAACUACGGGAAUUUCAAAGCACACUGAUAGUGACUUCUUAACAAUUCUUCUACAAGACCAGAUUGGUGGUCUUCAAGUUCUUCAUCAGAAUCAAUGGGUUGAUGUUCCUCCAUUGCAUGGUUCUCUUGUUGUAAACAUUGGUGAUUCUAUGCAGCUUAUAACAAAUGAUAUGUUCACAAGUGUUUAUCACCGUGUUAUAACCAAGAAUAUAGGCCCUAGAAUAUCCAUAGCAAGCUUCUUUAUAAACCCGUCAUUAGAGGAGGUUACAUCCAAUGUAGUUGGUCCAAUAAAGGAAUUGUUAUCAGAAGAAAAUCCACCAAUCUAUAGGGACACUACUGUGAAAGAAGUCUUUGCACAUUAUUUUGAAAAAGGCCUUGAUGGAAACUCGGCCUUGCAUCCUUUCAAGUUAUGAGGAAGAUAUUAAGAACUGAAUUGGAGCAGUAUUUGAUUAUUAUGGUGUUGGAUUUAACCUUGCAUUUUGUACUAUGAUUUUCAGUAUGUAGUUUAAUGAAUUAUAUGAAUAAUCAGUAUCAAGUCAUGUAUCACCAAAAAGCAUGUCUAGUGUCUGACACAUGUUGGUGUCUUACACCGGCAAUAUAUAUGAUUACAUUUUAUCA